AGCAACGUGUAAAAUCGAAACUGAAAUCGCUUCUCGAAAACAAACGCUUUAAAAAGCUGCACAGCAAUCGGUCUGUCUUCAAGAUGGUGUUUGGAACAAAAACACGGGUGUUUUUAAGGAAUCAACCUGAACAAUUAAUAAAUGUCCAAAAUGGAAUAAUGAACAGGCUGAAAAGACGCCUUGAGAUCCAGCUGGUGAAUUCAGUUGAUAGCAGUGAUGUCAGCAUCGUUUUUGUUCCAAUUGUGUCUCGGGCCGGAACAGACAUUGAAGCUGCACUUCGAACUAUUCCAACAUCUCCCCAACAGUCUGUUGUCCUCAUAGUUAUCCACCACACCUUUGAUGGAGAUUACAUUGCUCCAGUCAGCAAAUUGUCUGUGAAAAGGGAAGGUGUGUUUGCUGUAGACUUCCUCGGUCAUGAAGAUUGUGGACUGCUGACAUGCUUGGCCAAUGAUAUGGCACUGAAAUCCCUCACUGAUUAUCUGGCCCCUGAGGCACCAGAUACCCUGCAGCUUCUACCAAAUAAUCCACAAUGUCCAAGACAUUAUUGGAUCAAGUUUGUUGUCCUCUGUUGUCCUUUUUUUGUCGUUUGUGUCCUCUGUAUUGUGCUACUUGUUUAUUUUCUCGAUCAGCCAAGUCAAGGAAAAAAUCACACUCUACCUCUGAAUAUGACCAACAUAACUCAACCUAUAACUACACCUGCAACUACACAGUAGCCUAAUGUAACUGUAUCUAAAUAGAAGACUGUUAUUAUGCAUCUACUUUCUUUAUUUAACCAGGUGAGUCAGUUGGGAACCAGUUCUCAUUUACAAUGACAACCUGACCAAGAGGCAACAUGAAAACUAAUACACUACACAAACAGCUAUAAACAAUGACAUGUAAAAAACACUAAAAACAUGUACAGUGAUCAAGAGUUAGUGACUGAAUUGAAUAUUUAAAGGAAGAAAGCGAUAUAAAUUAACUAAGCUUAAGAGUCCGCUGCAGAUGGGGACUGUAUACUGUACAAGGGAGUUUUACCGAUAAGAGUUUUAUAAAUGAACAAAAACCAAUGAAUUUGACUGCGAGAAUAAAGAGAAGACCAAUUCAACAUCUGUAACGCCAAAGCAGCUCAAUCUAACUACAGCUAGAGCAGUCUAACAUAAUGGUAACUAAACAGCAACAAGUGUUUAGCUAUAACUACACAGCACACUAAUCUAACAGUAGCUGCAAAAUAAAUAUAUAUAAAAAAUUUGUCUAAUAUCGAUUCUUCUGAAUCAGCUGUUACAUACAGUUACAUUUUUUUAUUUUGACAAUGAGUCGAUCAAACUUGUUGCAAGUAUUUUUGACAUCAGUCAUUAUAUAAUUAUUCUAACUAGAAGAAAAAAAAUGAAACCAAACACUAUAAAAUGAUUCUGUGCUUCAUAAAGGUUUCAUUUAGAACAUUUUGUGAUGAAACUGUUUUUUUCCGUUUCUAAGAGUUUCUUGGACAAAUCUACUAUAACGUGUAUUUUAGGUUUAAGAUUUAAUCCAUUUAAAAUAUUUAAUGCUUAUUAAACACAUUUAUAAUCUUGCAAUAAUUCACUAAUGCAUGAAUUCAUAUUCCUUAUAUGAGUCUGUAGGUAAACAGCUCAUGUAUUUUAGCUUCUAAUAAUGAUUAAAACUCUCAUAUGCUGCUGCUAAAAUGUAAUG